CUUGCCUCGCACCUCUGACUCCUCGCCUCUCUGCUCGACCUUCUGCUGCAAGUGCCCGACACCUCGACCUCAUCCGUCCUUCCAGUCCGCUCUGCUCCUUUGCAUCGCUCCUCUCGCUCCAGGUGGAUUGCACUCAGACAGCCUCGCCGCUGCGUUCUUCCGGCGCUCCUCCACUCGCCGCCACGCGGGCCUGCUGGGCCUUACCCGGCACUCGCCAAGCAACUGCCUCAGGACAGGGCUCGUCAACUGGCUCUCUGUUCUGAUCCGUCCGCGCGUCGUCUUUGCCACGCUCGCUUGCUGCGAUCAUGGCGGACGCCACCAGCCUGUCCGCGGCCGCUGCUGCACGGGCGCAGGAGGCGCUCGAACGUCUCGCGGCCAAGCCAAAGCGCAAGAUUCCGCCGUAUGCGACACUGCUCUCGGGCGGCGCCUCAGGCCUGGCCUCGUGUCUCUUGCUACAGCCGCUUGACCUGCUCAAGACGCGCAUGCAGCAAGCGCCCGAUCCGUCCACUUCGCGCACUCGUGAAGGGCGCACGGCUCGUCUGCUGCGCACGGCUCGCACAGUCGUCAGCACCGAAGGCGUGCAGGGCCUGUGGCGCGGCACUGGUCCGACGGUGGUGCGCAACGUACCUGGCGUCGCCCUCUACUUCUACUCCGUCACGGAGCUGCGGCGCAUCUUCUCCACGAGCUCAAUACCGCUGCUGUCGCUGCCGACGCGGCCGGUGCUGCCCGAACGAGCGGGCCAGAGCAGCACCAUGGCCGAGCUCACGACGCUGGGUAACGUCGUGACCGGUGCUGUGGCUCGCACGGCCAUCGGCUUUGUCCUCUGCCCUGUGACUGUCGUCAAGGCGCGCUUCGAGUCAUCACACUUCGCACCGCAAGCGUACUCGUCAAUAUCCAGUGCACUGCGGCACAUCUACGUGACAGACGGCGUGCGCGGCCUCUUCCAGGGCUUCUCGGCGACGGCGCUGCGGGAUGCGCCAUACGCUGGCAUGUACAUGGCCUCGUACGAGGGAGCAAAGGCGUGGCUGGGCAGGAGCAGAGGCACGGGCGAUCCAGGUGUCGUGGUGCUGAGCGGUGAGUCGCUUGUCCGAAGGCCUAACGCACAGUGGCUCAUGUCGCGGCUGUUCAGGUCUCAUGGCCGGCACGGCGGCGACGCUGGCCACGCAUCCCUUCGACAUCCUCAAGACGCGCCUGCAGACCGAUCCGCGACACGGGCGAGCGAGUGGUCCGACCGAGGCACUCUCGCUGCUCGGGACAGCGCGCCAUGUGUGGCGGACAGAGGGCUCCGGCGCGUUCCUCGAUGGUCUUGGCCUGCGCUGUGCGCGCAAGGCAGCGAGCAGCGCCAUCGGCUGGGGCAUCUUUGAGGCGGGACGCGGCGCCUGGGCUCGGCGGGAUGAGGCGCGGCGGCGAGAAUAGUCAUGACGUCUGCAUGAAGAGCUCGGCUGUUCAAAAGGCGAGCGCUCCUGUGAUGUGGUCCGGGUCGACGAGCUCUAGACCCUUGAGCCGCAGCGUGACGGCGUCCUGCCCGUUGAUGGUCUCGAGGUUCGGACACGCGCGCACAAAGUCGGUGAAUGAGGGCGCCGUGUGCUGCUGCGGGAAGGGAUCGACUUGCAGGUUGCGCAGCGCAGGGAAGACAGCCUC